GCUGCCGGCAGUGCGGGAAUUUCGGACGGGGCGGCAGCAGCGGCGGCGGGGCCUGGGCACGGAGCUGCUGGAACCCGACGGCUGUGCCGGCGCCUCGUUUUAUAUCUUAAGAGGCGAGUUUUGUUUCGCCUCCCCUUCGGCCUGCCCGGCGUCCCCGGCCUUCCUGAUAAAAUGCCAUAUAAUAAGAAGACUGCUGGAAAAAAAGCCCCUGCAAAAAGGAAGCUCGCUGAAGUGUUUGCUCUGGGAGAGGUUCUAUCAGAUACAUCAAGAAAAGAAUGGAAAUUGGGUGUCCCUAUAGGUCAAGGAGGUUUUGGACGCCUAUACCUUGCUGAUGUUAAUUCUUCGAAGUCGGUGGGCAGCGAUGCGCCUUACGUUGCCAAAGUGGAACCCAGCCAGAAUGGACCUCUUUUUACUGAGCUAAAGUUCUACAUGCGAGCUGCUAAGCCAGAUGAAAUUCAGAAGUGGACUAAGUCCCAUAAACUGAAAUAUUUAGGCGUACCAAGAUAUUGGGGUUCUGGCUUGCAUGAAAAAAAUGGAAACAGAUACCGGUUUAUGAUAAUGGACCGAUUUGGCAGAGAUCUUCAGAAGACCUAUGAAGAGAAUGCCAAGCAAUUUUCCCAUAAAACUGUACUACAAUUAGGCCUGAGAAUACUUGAUAUUCUGGAAUACGUCCAUGAGCAUGAAUAUGUGCAUGGAGACAUCAAGGCUGCAAACCUUCUUCUGAGUUACAAGAACCCUAAUCAGGUGUACUUGGUGGAUUAUGGACUUGCCUACCGAUACUGUCCAGAAGGAGUUCACAAAGUGUAUAAAGAAGAUCCUAAGAGGUGUCACGAUGGAACAAUUGAAUAUACCAGUAUUGAUGCACACAAGGGUGUGGCACCAUCGAGACGUGGUGAUCUGGAGAUUUUGGGUUACUGUAUGAUUCAUUGGCUUAGUGGCCAUCUACCAUGGGAGGACAAUUUGAAGGAUCCAAAUCUUGUCAGAGACUCAAAGAUCAGAUGCAGAGAUAAUAUUUCAGUCUUGAUGGAUAAAUGCUUUCCUGGAAAAAAUAAACCAGAUGAAAUAGCCAAAUAUAUGGAAAAGGUGAAGCUCCUGAGCUAUGAAGAGAAACCUGUUUAUCAGCAGUUCCGAGAAAUACUUCUGCAAGGUCUGAAGGCCAUUGGGCAAAAAGAUGAUGGAGUACUUGACUUCGGCUUGUCAGAGAAUGGAGACUUGCAACCAGGUCCCACGCAAAAGAAAAAAAGAAAGGCAACAGCUGCAGCCAGUGAGAGCACUGAGGCAGAAAUGGAGGAUGCAGGCACUCCGGAAAAAAAGAAACGUACUUCUUCCAACGCAGCAACAGCCAGCAGAGCCCGGAAGGUGACCUCACCGAAAACCAAAAAAGGCACAGCAACCAGAAAGAGAGUCCAGAAGUAAAUAAAAGAUGCUGCAACAAAUUCAGUUGCUCUUUAGCUCAUCUCUGGUUUGGUUUUGUUUUUUUUCAGUUAUUGUAGCACUGGAAUAUUUUCCUUCCUUUUUAAAUGACGAAUCUUGUAAAAACAUGGGCUGCUGUUUGUACCUGUUUUUGAAGAAUAAAUGUUUUAUUAAAACAUUUGCAUAAUUUAUAUGAAAUACUCAUGCAAAGUUUUGCCAGCUUUGAAGUCAGAAUGCAUUUGUAUUCUUUAUAUACACAAAUUCACCAGUUCAUAUCUUAAAGAGAGACUAAAAGUACUUUUUUUGCUUCUUUAGGAAGUAGAAAUAAAGCCUUAUUUAGUUUUGUUAUGGGUACUUUAUAAGGAAAAACAGUGAUGCAUCUAAUGUCUUUUAAUAUUGGGUAACGUCUUAGUGUCAGUCACAUGUACAGGGAGAUGAAGUUUCUCAGAUAACUGAAUUAAUGAACAGAACAUAUGGCAAACAUCAUAUCCAUUCUAGUUUGUUAUAAAAUGUGCUCAAACCAUUCUUUGGAGGGCAGAUACUGAAUUUCAGAUGGUUUUUUUUGUUUGUAUCACUUUUCCAAUUAUUCAGAGUUUGUCUAGAAAGGAGGAGUCUGGAAUUUCAGACACAGGGCCACGGGCAAAGAGAAGAACCAACCAAAACCAGUACCUGUUCUCAACUACCAGCUCAGGUUUUCUUUUUCUCUUGGUGAAAGUGCCAGAAUAACUUUCCAGAUUAUGUGGUUUCAGUGGAAGCUUGACUCACGUGUGCUUCUCUCAACAAAAUAAUGGUUUACCUUUUUUAGCAGUUGGGACGCAUGUAACCUUUCCCAGCAGUUCUUCCUUCCUCACCUCUAAGUGUUCAGAGUUGUAAGCAAAAAAAAUGCAAUGUUUAAUUUCAGUGUGAAAUACCAUUAUUUUUUUUAUUUAGAUACUGCAAAAAUACAGAUAAUUUGGGCGUGGACAUCACUCUUACCAGGGAGACUGCUUUAUGAACUUUGGGACACCAAAAGGAAUCCCUGUGAGCUAAUGGAUGGUGUGUUGUGUGGAUGUCCUGCGCUCUGCUUGCUUGCUUGUGUAAUGUCUGAGUAGGUACUCACUGAAAUACAUAUGUUGUAGCAUAAAAUGCCGAGUGAAUGCUGAGGUUAUGUUUUGAAAACAAGGGAAUCUGUUGUUUUGAAAUAAAACUGGAAUAACAUCUUUAGAA